AUCAAUGCUUCAUUCCUGUCCUGGCCACAGAUUGUCUCUCUUGCGCUCUCGUAGACGUGCCCACCUUGCCAGUGUGCUGUGUCAACAAUGCGUGGAUUCUUCCUAGUUCUCCUCUGCUGGGCUGCGGCCGACGCCUCCACUCUUUUCCAGGACUGUGGCUCCGUGGGUUCCGAUGUGGAGCUCAACGUGGAGGGCUGCACGGUGCCGCCCUGCCAGCUGAAACGCGGCGAGGUGGUGGAUGUCAACUUCAAAUUCACAUCAAGCAAGGAUUCCACCGGGCUGGAAAUCAAGGCUCUGGCCAACAUUGGAGGCAUUGAGUUCCCCUGGGUGGGCAUCGACACGAAUGGCUGCCACUACACUUCGUGCCCCAUCUCGGCUGGCUCGCACGUUGACUGGACUCUGCCUGUGGAAAUCCUGAAUGAGUACCCGGCGAUCAGCGUGGUUGUAACCUUCAAGCUCGUGGACGACUCUGGAAGUUCCCAGGCUUGUGCCCUUCUGCCGGCAACCAUUAUUUAGACUCCUUCUCCUGUUCCUGCUACUGCUUCUUCUUCUUCUCCUUCUCCUCCUCCUCCUCCUCCUCCUCCUCUUCCUCCUCCUCUUCCUCUCCUCCCUCAGUUUAAUCUCUCUUCUCUAUUUCUCUUUCUCUUUCAUUCUCUUUUAUCUGUUUUUGUUUUGCUUCUUUCUUAUCCUGCUCCUCCUCCUCCUUCUCCUCUUCUUCCUCCUCCUCUUCCUUUUUCCUCAGUUUAAUCUUUACUCUUUUCAUUCAUUUUUUUUCCUUUCAUUCUCCUUUAUUUGCUUUUCUUGUUUUGCCAAUUCUUUAUCAUCGUCUUCCUUCUCCUUCUUCUCCUCCUCUUCCUCCUCCUCCUCCUUCCUAUUCCAGGUUCACCCGCACCUCUUUGGACUCUAAUAUUUAUUAUGUGAACAGCACUGUGCAUUAUGUAAUUGUGUAAGCUUGAAUAAAUGAUGAUUAUGAAGCAAUA